UCGCAGACUUCCCAGGGCACCGCCAGCGCUGCGGGGCUCGAGUAGUAGUUUCCGCGUGAUGGCGCGUAAACUGAUACACCGCAGGCACUGCCAGGAACGCAGGAGCGUUCUAUGGAAUUUACUAAACAAGCAUUUGUUGUUGCUGUCUUGUAUAUAUGAAGAUUAUAUGUGACUGAUCAAACAGAUUAAUUACUAUUACCGACAUCAUACUUUCUCAAAAAUCAAGCUAAGUAAAUUGAGAACGUUGAGUGUAGACAGGGCUCCUCCUCUCUUGAGCUGUAGAGACUGUACCAUUCUAGGUUUCAACAUUUUUUUCUUUAAGCUUAAUCUUUCAGAUUUCUAGGGACAUUAUCUUCAGAAUUUAUAGAAAAGUAACUUAAAAGUAAAAUCUGAUGCUGUAUGAAGGUAGAAGACGAGAGUGGAAAUAACUUCAGGCUAGAAAAGAUCUGGUCUUGUCCAGGUUUACUUGUUUGAAUUUGGUCAACUAUCUCUGCCCCUGUUUUCAUGUCUGUAAAAAAUGAGACAGACUUAGAUAAACAGUGGUGUCUGUUUGAACAUUAAGAUAUUGUGAAGGUAGAAGAAUCUUAAGUGAAUCCUGAAACAAGGCAGAAGUGCCAAAGACACUGUUUUGGCUGACUGUACAUAGAGGGAGUAGAUGAAAAUCAUGGGAAGGGUAGGUUAGCCCCAGGUGAUGUAGGACUUUGGAUGGAAUUUGAACUUAUUCUGGAGCAAUGAAUAGAUGAGGUUUUUGAGAUUAGGGAAUGCAGUAACUACAGUUUUGAAAGGUUAAGGGAAUAUGGUAAUCAGAGUUUUGAAAGACUACCCAAACAGCAGUUGGUAGGAUGACUUAGAGAAGGGAGAAAUUGUGUAGUUUAGGUAAGUGACAGCCUAAAUGAGAGCGUAAAUUAACAGUGGCAGUGAAUGGAAAGAAAGGGAAAAGAUUCAAGAAAUCUGUGCAGCAUGGAGUUUGUGCUUAAGUUUGGCAUUGCUCAAAAUUUUGCAGCUCUUGCCUCCAGAAUAUGGCAAGUCACCUUGUAAAACCUGAUACUAGAAAUUGCAAGAGACCAAGAGAGUUGGAGCCUCAAAUGCCAGAUAGUCCACAACUGUCCUCUCUUGGAAAAUCUGAUUCCUCUUUCUCUGAAAGCUCUGGACUAUUUUAUAAAGAUGAAACCCUGGAGAAAGAUUUGAAUGAUAUGAGCAAGGAAAUUAAUUUAAUGUUGUCUACAUAUGCAAAGAUCUUAAGUGAGAGAGCAGCAGUUGAUGCUUCUUACAUUGAUGAGAUAGAUGGACUCUUCAAAGAAGCCAAUACUAUUGAAAACUUUCUAAUACAAAAAAGAGAGCUCCUGAGACAGAGGUUUACAGUGAUUGCAAACACACUGCACAGAUAAAAUUGUGUACUUAAAAUAAGCUGAGAAUUUAAACCUAUUAUUGUUGUAAGGAAAGAAUGACAUUUAUGCUCUGAAAGCUCUCUAGUUGUUAAAGAUAAUGUAUACCUUAAACAUAGAAGGUGAAACUCCUUGAAUUUCUUUUCUAGAUUUAAUGGGGGCUUUAAACUGGAUAUUAAUAUGGAGUAUGUAGCUUUUCUUUUGAGGGUCAAAUAUUUAGUGUAGUUUAUAAAAGUGUAAAUUAUUAAAAUUAUAUACGGAUUCUUUUCUUUCUAUUUUUAAAACCCCCUAGCCUUCAACUUCUAAAAGAGGACUCAAAGAGUUAAUUUGAUAAUGUUUAACAGUAUUGUACUUUUUUUUGGAAUAUUUUAUUUAAAUAGCAGUUAGCUUUGGAGAUAGUUUUAAAAUGCUUUUCAUAGUCAGUAUUAUAAAAAAUUAAAACCUCAAGGUAAUUUGUCCAAUUUCUCAAUAUGUAAUAAACUGUGUACUCUUGCUAUUUAAUAUAAUCAUUUGAUUAUUUUCACUAUUAUAUAUGAUUAAUAAAAGUUUUUUGUUUAAAGUUA